AUGUCUGAUUCCAACCCAUUUGCUGGUCUGUUAGGAGUGUCAGAAGUUAAAUCUUCAAAUAACCAGGAAGCUAAUGAAAGCCCAGAGCUAUUAAAUAAGAACCAAUCACAGGAGAAUGAGAAAAUCAAAACAAUAAAUAGUAUUGUUGAAGAUGUUUUCCACUUCACCAUAAAUCCCAAUGCAGUGAAAGGAGAAGCAGAUAGGCAGUUGGUGUAUCUUGAAGAACUAGCCCAAGCCUUGAACCCACGAAUAUACAUUGAUUUGGAAGCUUUGGAACAAGCUCUCUUUGAGCGAUUACUGUUACAAGAUAUAGAACAAAGUGUUAUACCUAAAUCUAUCACAAGUUUUAAGGAUCAUGUCAUCCAAAAAAACGUAUUUCCAUAUUUAUUUAGUUCUAUGGAGAACAUCCAAAGCUACAAUCUUAGUGAAAAACCAUAUAUUAAAAAUGCAUUAGAUAAAAUGAUGGAACUUAUAUUUCGAAAUGCGGUAACAGCACUUAAACAACCUGCCUUAUUUGAAGGACAAGACUUUUCUUUCCAACUAGUAGCUAUCUUGCAACAUGGUGGUCUUCAAAGUCAUACAUUUUUUAAUGACUUGAUCAAAGCAUUUGUAUCUGAUGGGGAUAGUGAGUGUCAAUCACAGUUAAAGGAAACAAUGAUACCUGUUCUACAAAGAAUUCAUACAGAUAUAAAUAAUUCUAAUUUAAUCAAUUUACCAAUAUAUAUUUUACCAUCAAUACAACUUUUUGCAAGCAAUCCAAACUUAGCUCCUAUAUUAAUGGAUGCUUGUGAGCCGAAGAUGGAAAGUCAUGGAAGGAAAUAUCAAGACACUGUAAUUGGUGCCCUAUUAAAUCUCUCGGUACUACCUCGGACAGGAACAGCAUUACAUGAAUUUUUUGAAAAUCCCUUGGAUCAGGCAGUUACUUCGCUUAUAGAAAGUUCAGUUUGGAAUGCAACAUCACAUCUUACAAACAACAUGCACAAAAUAUUCUUAGCCCUAUUAAGAGGUGGAGCACAACUAAAAAAUAGAUUAUUAUCAUGGAUCGGGAAAUGUUUAAAAUCCAAUGUUGCAAGAGGAAAGUUAUGGAAUGUUCAGGCUGGUGAAAUGAGUACUACAACAUUGACUUGUGUAUCUGAUGGUUUCAUGGUGAACCUUGGUGCGGUGCUGUUGCAUCUGUGCCAACCAUUUUGCACGAAAGCAGAUGAUCCAAAGGCAUUAAAGAUUGAUCCCACUUAUGGUGCAGUAACACCUGAAGAGUGUGCUGCUAAAUCAGUACAUCUGGAUUGCCUAUAUAAUGAAACUUGCUUACUACCACCGCGGGAAACUGAAGAUGGGCAGACUAUUAAGCGGCCCACUGCUGAUACAUACACCUUUGUUACUGAAUGUUUUUAUAUGACCCAUAAAUGCAUCGAUCUAGGUGUACGAGUGUGCGCAGAGAAGCUGUAUCGCACGGGGCAGGAACUAGGGCGCGCGCAGCGGGCGCUGGCCGACGUGGCCGCCGCGCACCACAUGCUCGACCCGCUGCGCCAGCGCGCGCGCUUUCUCAUGACCAAGUUCGUGAGUCUCCGCUGCGCGCUGCUGGAGAGUGAGAUGCUGACCAACCUGCACCGGCUGCAGGCGACCACGUGCACGUGGCUGGUGCAGGUGGCGGUGCGCGCGGACGCCGGCCCGCGCGCCGCCUACAUGCCCGCCACGCUCAUGGAGCUGACCAUACCCGUCACCACGCCUCCACCCGAUACCUUGAGAUGCGUCCCGGAGUUCGUGUUGGAGAACAUAGUGGUGCUGAUCACGAUGGCGCGGCGCACGGUGGGCGCCAUCACGGACGAGGCGGACACGGCGGGCCUGCUGCAGCCCGCGCUCACGCUCGUGCUCACCUUCAUGGGCGACUCCACGCGCACAUACAACCCGCAUCUGAGAGCUCGUCUAGCGGAAUGCCUCGAGGCGAUGUUGCCCAACCACCCAGAUGACCAACAGCCGCUUAGCAAUAUGGCUUCCUUUUAUAGGGAACAGUUGUUUAAAGAACAUCCACAUAGGCUACAGCUCGUCCCCUGCCUUCUGGACGUGUUCGUGGGGAUCGAAAUGACAGGGCAGAGCGUACAAUUUGAGCAAAAGUUUAACUACCGCCGUCCUAUGUAUCUCGUCAUGGACUUUUUGUGGAACAGUGAAGAACAUAGAGAGGCUUUCACACGCCUGGCAAAGGAAGCAGAAGCGAACAUGGAGGCGGUACAUCCACCAUUAUUCCUCCGUUUCGUCAACCUGUUGAUUAACGACGCUAUCUUCCUGUUGGACGAGGCCCUCGGCAACAUGGCGCAGAUACGCACCAUGCAGACAGCGCAAGAGUCCGGUGCGUGGGCGUCGCUGCCGGCGCAGGAGCGCGAGCAGAACCUGGCCAACCUGUCGCACGUGGGCAUGCUGGCGCGCUUCGACAACAUCCUGGGCCGCGACACCGUGCGCACGCUGGUGCGCCUCGCCGCGCACGCGCCCUACGUCUUCUGCCACCCCACACUGGUGGAGCGCAUCGCCUCCAUGCUCAACUACUUUUUACUGCAUCUUGUGGGACCCAAUAAGAAAAAUUUUAAGGUGAAAGAUAUGAAGGAGUUCGAGUUCGAGCCCGCGAACACGGUGCUCGACAUCUGCCGCAUGUACGUGGAGCUGGGCGGCAACCAGCGCUUCUGCGCCGCCGUGUCCGACGACGGCCGCUCGUACUCGCCGCAGCUGUUCACCCUCGCCGAGGCUGUGUUGGUACGUAUCGGCGGUGGCGGUUUAAUCACAUCGCUGCAAGAGGUAGCGUCUCGAGUGGCGCUCUUCGCUGAGCAACGCCAGCGGGAUGAAGAGAUCCUCGCGAAUGCUCCCGAAGACUUCCUCGACCCCAUCAUGAGCACCAUCAUGCUGGAUCCCGUCAUCUUGCCCAGCUCGAGGACCACUGUGGACCGGACUACUAUUGCUAGGCAUCUACUAAGCGAUCAGUCGGACCCGUUCAACCGUUCUCCUCUUUCAAUGGACCAAGUAACGUCGAACACCGAGCUGAAAGAGAGGAUACACGCGUGGAUUGCUGAAAAAAAACAAAACUUGGUGCAGCCCACGUCAAGUUCUACC